CCUCUAUCAUUCUCUGGACUGAGUCUCUGAGCUUAGUCUGUUCCCUGGACAGUGGAGCCUCUAGCUUGUCCCACCAUGAGCUUCACCCUACUCUUACUUUUUCUCCUGGGUAUGACAGGUUGCAGGGCAGAAGAUGCUCCUGAAGUACUACAGACCACAGCCGGUAGUUCAAUAUCCCUGCAGUGCCACUAUGACCCAGAGGAUGCCCGGGCCCGGAAGGUGUGGUGUCAAUUCUCCCUGGUGAAAUGCCAACUGCUUGUCACCUCGGCUGUGGACAGGAGAAGGCCAGGUAGUAAAAAGGCCUACCUCACCGACUUGGGUGAAGGCUUACUAGAAGUGGUGAUGAAUGAUGUGCAGGUGGAGGAUUCUGGCAAAUACGGCUGCAUGGUGGAGACAAGCACUGGGCUCCGUCCCCUGAACACGUUUAUUCUGCAAGUAUCUUCUCCAGACUCAAGGGAGGAUGAAGAGGAUGAUGACUAUUGGAGAGAAACUUUGACUUUAGCUCCUAUGGGAUAUCCUGCAAGCAGCCCAACCUUCAGCCCCAUGGAGCCCAACAGAGAAGAUUGGAGCAUUCCCUUGAUUUGGGGUUCUGUGCUUCUCCUGAGCCUGCUACUUGUGGCUGCUGUGGCAUUGGCUGUGAUAGCGGGAAGGAGAGGAGGCAAGCUGAACAUUUGUGCACGAUCCCAAAACAGGGAAGCACCAGCCUUGGAUACCUGGACACCUGCCGAAGAGACAUCAACUAUACCUUAUGUCAAGCUGGAGACUCCACCCUCCUUAGAUGAUACUACCUACACAAAUCUGCCUUUAGGUCCCCCAACAGGAAAGCCACCACCUCCACCUCCUCCAACUAAAUCGGAACCCAAGGUCCAUUUCAGCUCUAAGCCUGUGACAUAUGCGACUGUUGUCUUCCCUCCAGGAGCUGAGGCUGGAGAGGUCCCCACUCAACUUGAUCAAGAGCAAACUGACCUCCAGAAACAGUCUAAUUCAUAACCUACUUUGACUACAUCAUGAAAGUAUGUGCAUAGGAAUAUCAUUCUUGUGGUUUGGCUCUGUCCACCUCAUAUCACAGAACCAAAUAAUAUUGAGCUCUUGCCUCUUUGUUAAAAUGUAAACUCCUUGAGGAGAGAUCAUAUAUUUGUAUUUCCAGACCCUAGCAUAUAGUAGAGGCUUAAUAAAUUCUUGGUAAUCAUC